CCGACGCCCAGGACUGGGGAAGAAGCUGCGCCUCGGGCGCGCGGGGAGACGGGGCGAGGCCUUGGCGGGAAGGCGAGAGGCCGCGACCCUGGAGGGCCCUGAGCCCACCGCACCAGGGGGCCCAGCACCACCCGGGUGGCCUAAAGCGACAGUCUCAGGGACCACUGCGAGGUUUCCAGUUGCCUAGACAACGAGCCUGGGGUCAGAGCCACCACCCUUCCAGCCACCUGCCUCCUCUGCUGCCUCAGGCACCAGUCCCAGCCCCGUGAGUCCAGCCCAGGUGACAUGACGGUGCUCUCGACCCCCCGGCCCUCGCGGGUGACCACGCUGAAGCGCACAGCUGUGGUCCUGGCCCUCACGGCCUAUGGAGCCCACAAAAUCUACCCCCUGGUGCGGCAGUGCCUGGCUCCGGGCAGGGGCCCUCAGACGCCGGCUGGGGAGUCCCCGCAGGAGGCCUCUGGGGCCACGGUGGGCGCAGCGGCCAAGGCCGGUGUCAACCGGGUGUUCUUCCAGCGACUCCUGUGGCUCCUGCGGCUGCUCUUCCCCAGGAUCCUGUGCCGGGAGACGGGGCUGCUGGCGCUGCACUCAGCCGCCCUGGUGAGCCGGACUUUCCUGUCGGUGUACGUGGCCCGCCUGGACGGCCGGCUGGCCCGCUGCAUCGUGCGCAAGGACCCCCGGGCCUUCGGCUGGCAGCUCCUGCAGUGGCUCCUCAUCGCGCUCCCCGCCACCUUCGUCAACAGCGCCAUCCGCUACCUAGAGGGCCGACUGGCUCUGGCGUUCCGCAGCCGGCUGGUGGCCCACGCCUACAGCCUCUACUUCUCCCAGCAGACCUACUACCGGGUCAGCAACAUGGACGGGCGGCUCCGCAACCCGGACCAGUCCCUGACGGAGGAUGUGGUGGCCUUUGCCGCCUCCGUGGCCCACCUCUACUCCAACCUGACCAAGCCGCUCCUGGACGUGGCUGUGACCACCUACACCCUGGUUCGAGUGGCCCGCUCCCGCGGGGCCGGCACAGCCUGGCCCUCGGCCAUUGCUGGCCUUGUGGUGUUCCUCACGGCCAACGUGCUGCGAGCCUUCUCGCCCAAGUUCGGGGAGCUGGUGGCAGAGGAGGCGCGGCGGAAGGGGGAGUUGCGCUACAUGCACUCCCGAGUGGUGGCCAACUCGGAGGAGAUUGCCUUCUAUGGGGGCCACGAGGUGGAGCUGGCCCUGCUGCAGCACUCCUACCAGGACCUGGCUUCGCAGAUCAACCUCAUUCUGCUGGAGCGCCUGUGGUACGUCAUGCUGGAGCAGUUCCUCAUGAAGUACGUGUGGAGCGCCUCGGGACUGCUCAUGGUGGCCGUCCCCAUCAUCACCGCCACCGGCUACUCAGAGUCAGACUCGGAGGUGGCGAAGAAGGCGGCCCUGCAGACGAGGGGGGAGGAGCUGGUGAGCGAGCGCACGGAGGCCUUCACCGUUGCCCGCAACCUCCUCACAGCUGCCGCGGACGCCAUCGAGCGGGUCAUGGCGUCCUACAAAGAGGUGACAGAGUUGGCUGGCUACACAGCCCGGGUCCACGAGAUGUUCCAGGUAUUUGAAGACGUCCGGCACUGCCGUUUCAAGAGGCCCGGGGAGCCAGAGGACACUCAGGCGGGGUCCGGGGCCGUGGUGAGGUCCGGUGUCCGUGUGGAGGGGUCCCUGCAGAUCCGAGGCCAAGUGGUGGAUGUGGAGCAGGGCAUCGUGUGUGAGGACAUCCCCAUCGUCACGCCCGCGGGGGAGGUGGUGGUGGCCAGCCUCAACAUCAGGGUGGAAGAGGGCACGCACCUGCUCAUCACGGGCCCCAACGGCUGCGGCAAGAGCUCUCUGUUCCGCAUCCUGGGCGGUCUCUGGCCCACCUACGGCGGCGUGCUCUACAAGCCCCCGCCCCAGCGCAUGUUCUACGUCCCCCAGAGGCCCUACAUGUCUGUGGGCUCCUUGCGCGACCAAGUGAUCUACCCGGACUCGGUGGAGGACAUGCGAAGGAAGGGCUUUUCAGAGCAGCACCUGGAAGCCAUUCUGGACAUCGUGCACCUGAACCACAUCCUGCAGCGGGAAGGAGGUUGGGAGGCCGUGUGUGACUGGAAGGACAUUCUGUCCGGGGGCGAGAAGCAGAGAGUUGGCAUGGCCCGCAUGUUCUACCACAGGCCCAAGUACGCCCUCCUGGAUGAAUGUACCAGUGCCGUGAGCAUCGACGUGGAAGGCAAGAUCUUCCAGGCGGCCAAGGAUGCAGGCAUUGCCCUGCUUUCCAUCACCCACCGACCCUCCCUGUGGAAGUACCACACACACUUACUACAGUUCGACGGGGAGGGUGGCUGGAAGUUCGAGAAGCUGGACUCGGCCGCCCGCCUGAGCCUGACUGAGGAGAAGCAGCGGCUCGAGCAGCAGCUGGCGGGCAUCCCCAAGAUGCAGCGGCGCCUCCAGGAGCUCCGCCAGAUCCUGGGCCAAGGCCCCGGAGUCCUCCAGGCCGCUGCCACCUGACAGACGGCCCUGGCUCUUAGCCCUUGGCCCACGCCCCGCACCGAGCCCUCGGAUCACGUGAAGGAAACGGAGCGCCUGCCCACCAAGCUUCCCCCCACCCCCCGCCCUGCUGCGGGCCCACCCUGCAUGCUUUGCCAUCCUCCCAGGCUUCCCAGAGGACAGCCAGCGAAACCCGUGCCCACUUCCCAGCCCCACCAGACUGGGACCCGGGCGAGUGGAAGGGGAGAGGGGCCAGAGGCGCGGCCCCGCUCACAGCACCAGCCCGUGCCCAGGAGCCUUGGUGUUUGCGGGGCAGCACCUCCUCCUGAGUCUGGAGUCCCCCCAUUCCCUCCUCUGCGGUCCCUUGGAGACAUCACGGCCGGUCCAUCUCUCUACUGCCAUCAUCCCAGUGGCCUGCCGAGGCUCCCGUCCCCCGGAACACCCUUACUGCCAUAAAAACGGCCAAGUGGGCCCCGCGAUGAGGCAGGGCCCCUCAUCUGUGCCCCUUCUCCCCACCAGUCAUCCCAAAGAGCCCUCGGGAGAAAGAAUUGCACAGCAUUUCCUACCGAGCAAUGACAGGAAUGUAGUCCCGUCCCCCUCCGUCCCCAGCCCUCUCUCCUUCAAGCUAAUUUAUUGCAUUCCUCUUUGUAGCCCUCUCCGGAGCCAACAUGAGCACCCUGCCAGCGGGGGAGGUGGCCUGGGCCCCUCAGCCAGCCCCCAGCCAGCCCGCCACCCCACCAGCCUACACUGCCAACCGCCAGGGCAUGGGUGGGGGCGGGCCAGGCGGGGGGCGCAGGGACGCUGGGGCUGCCGGGCAUGAGGGCACCGCUGUGCCCAGUUCAGUGCCAAAGAGGGGUCAGUGGGGAAGCUGUCUCUGCAAAGACGGCCCCCACCCGAGGGGGAGACCCCGCCGCCGCGCCGCCGUGUGCCUUUCAGGCCCUCAGCCCUCGGGUCGGGGAACCUCCCUCAGUUCCUCAGUAAAACCUCCUGUGGAAAGUGCA